GCUUCCGGAUGCGGUGAAAAAGCAGAGAAGUAGGAAAACACCGUACGUCCAUGGAUUAAUUAAACAUUUCAGGACGCCGUCUAGAAAGUCAGAGGGGACGCUGCAUGCCUGCAGAAUGGAUUAAUGGAGACAAAUACCCACUUUGAGCUCUGAGCCUUGACUGUGUGUCUCUCCAGGUUUCAGAGAAAGGCACCAGCAGUUCUUUUAAACCGAGUAGUCGUGUUUAUGUCUUCUUGCUAGCUUAAGCCAGCGUAGCAUUAGCUGGUACACGCAGACAGAUAGCUCCUCUGCCUUUGUACAAAGUGGUCUCAUCGGUGCCGUUUUUAUUGAUAUAGUAGUCAUACUGACAGGAGGGAGUCGCUAUUUUGCAUGCGUGGGUGUAAUUGGAAAUCUUGUCGAGUUUGUUUUGGUCACUUUGAGGUCGCGACUACAUUGAAACGCUUGUUCUUGACUGUCAUCAGAAGUAAACUGAAUAAACUCGUCUUUGUUUUUCUGACAUAUCCAGACACAUUGUUGCGUACAGUCGCGACACAUCCACAGUCAUUCGUCGGCUGUUCAACAAGUGGACAAAAUGGAUGUGAUCUGGACUAAAAUCAGCGCACUGACAACACAGCAUAUACUUUGUAAAUAACACUUCCCCGUUAGUCUUCAGGGUGUUUUUCCUCCUUUUGCUGACAAAGCACUUUACAGACAGGAUCCUGUGUUUGAAGUGGAACAAAAAUCCUUUGUUUCGACACAACUUCUCUCUAGAUAAAAUCUUAGCUCAACAGUGAAGGAUGAAUGGCCUCUCUCUCAGCGAGCUCUGCUGCCUGUUCUGCUGCCCACCCUGCCCAAGUCGCAUCGCAGCCAAGCUCGCCUUCCUGCCCCCUGAACCCACGUACGCCUUUCUACCAGACCCAGACGCAGGCUCUGCUGCACCAGGGGCACUUGGGACAUCCAGCCUGCGAGCGCGGAGUGGCGCAUCGGUUUCAGGAAGCGGAGCUGCGAGCGCUGUGGAGGGAAGAUGGAAGCUACACCUUACAGAGCGCGCAGAGUUUCAGUACACGCAGAGAGAGCUGGAUACGACAGAGGUGUUUCUCACUCGAUCCAGUCGGGGGAACAGAGUUGGCUGCAUGUACAUUCGCUGUGUUCCCAAUGCAAGAUUUACAGUGCUCUUCUCCCACGGUAACGCUGUGGACCUGGGCCAGAUGAGCAGUUUCUAUAUUGGCCUUGGCACUCGCAUCAACUGCAACAUCUUUUCCUAUGACUACUCAGGCUACGGUGUCAGCACCGGCAAGCCCACUGAGAAGAACCUCUACGCAGACAUAGAUGCUGCGUGGCAUGCCCUGCGUACACGGUAUGGGAUCAGCCCAGAGAAUAUCAUCCUGUAUGGACAGAGCAUCGGCACAGUGCCCACUGUAGACCUGGCGUCCCGGUAUGAGUGUGCAGCUGUGGUGCUUCACUCACCUCUGACAUCUGGCAUGAGAGUGGCCUUUCCCGACACAAAGAAAACAUAUUGCUUUGACGCUUUUCCAAACAUUGAGAAAGUUUCCAAAAUCUCAUCCCCGGUGCUCAUCAUCCAUGGGACGGAGGAUGAGGUGAUAGACUUCUCCCACGGCCUGGCGCUGUUCGAGCGCUGCCCCAAGGCCGUGGAGCCUCUGUGGGUGGAGGGAGCGGGACACAACGACAUUGAAUUAUACAGCCAGUACCUGGAGCGUCUGCGCCGCUUUAUAGGACAGGAGUUGGCGGCACAGCACGCCUGAACACUACCAACAAGAUCGUCAUCAACAAACAUUCUCUUGGCCCAUUUCAAGCUUCAUCAAAAAUGAAGAGUGUUCCUCAGCUCACUAUGUGUUAAUACUCAUAGGUCUUCAUUUGUUGUGGUGGACCAUGGAUUGAUGGGAGGAAGUGUGUUCAUAGACAUCCUAAACGUGUGAGUGUGAAUUACUUUGUCACAUUUAGACUCUUGUUUUUUUUUUUAGUAGUCACUUUAACAAAACAGCUGCCAUGUGUUGUGUGAUACAUAGCAGCAUAUAAACUCCUUCUCUGUGCAAUAAUCCGGACCAGAGACACAAGAACAGCUAACUGAUGGGUAAUCUCUUGGUCGAUUAUGUUGAGGUCCUCAUGGUCCAGCCUACACAAAGAGCUUGUAAACGUACAUGUCUGAUUUUAACCCAAGUGGAACGGGUGACUAUGUGCGUCUGACAUGUGUUGGUAAAUAUUUUGGUUUCUAAUCAAAAACAGCCGAGGGAUUUUCAAUAAGCUCUCUACUUUUGUCUUCUAUGAGAAAUUCCUGUAAAAGUCAUCAAAUUUAAAUCAUGCAUCAGUUCCUGCUCAGAGGUGGCUUUAAUUGUUUUAUCAUUUUGAAUUUAUUAGAAUAUAUGCAUUGGACUGCAUUGUACUAAACAGUGUUUCUCAUAUCCUGUCCCUUAUUGAUAUUUACUUACCAACAUGCAUCGAUAUUAAUUUGAAUUUUGUGUGUUUCAGUUUGUGUUUAGUUGACUCCACAUUUUGCUCAGGUAACCCUCUCUCUACUCUACAUUAGUGUCCCACAUUUGUUUGUGUCUCUUUAUGUUUUAUAUCUAGUCAGUUUAAUCUCCUCUGAUCCUUCGAGCAAAGAUGUCAUAUUUUUUAGCCUGUGUGAGGUGUUGUUUCUUUUCUUUUCAUUUUAUCCAAGUAAAAAAAAAUCACGAUCCAAAAAAUGGAGGUACAGAGAAAAUUAGAUUAUGUUCUGUAUGCAGUCUUCAUUGCAUCACGUAUGGCUUUGUUAAAGAAGGACAGAAGUUCAGGAGCAGCAAAAAGAACAAAAACUCUGCUAACUAAAGUAACUGACUUUUAGUCCUCGGCUUAGUUUGAGUCUUCAUCUAGUUUCUGUCUCACACUCACACCAGUAGGUCACAGCUGUUUCCCUCAGUGUCUGGAACAGAGAGGCAACACUAUUAUUUAAAGGGCCUUUUUCUGUUUUUUUCUUAUUGCAUACAGAUUGUGUUUAUUCCUUGAAUACUCUCCGACAGCCGUCUUGCUGGUUGGCUCUCAAUCUUGAGGGCCAUUUUUAUCAACUUGAGUGAAUAAAAACUUCUCAUUUUAAUCAUGUAUUUUAUGAUUGUUGACAAAAAAAACAAACCGAUUUUAGAAAAUUAGAUAAUUUUCUAGCUCCACAUUCUGACUGUAUACAGAUCAUUUCCACCUUUAUGGAUAAGCACAGGAGCAAACUUUAUAUCACAAUGUAAUGAAACACUAUUGUUCAAUGUUUGAAAGCAGAAAGAGAAACAGAGUGGGGCCUGACAUUUAAGCAUUAUACAUCCAGACGACGUUUUGCACAACAGUAGUUGACGAUGCUCUUCCACAACCACUCACUCGCUACACGAGAGGUGAACAGCGAAGAGACUAGAUGGAAGUGAAAACACAUCUCUGUAGGACUCUUCCUUCCUCACUGGUUCACAGUCUUUACAAGAACUGCAGAUAACAUCGGUCUGUGUGUUCCACUCAAUAGUUGAAUGUUUAAUGUAUUUUUGGCAUAACGUUAUGGUAACUAUUCAUCUUACUACACAGAAUCCAGUCAGAGUGGUACUGCACUACCUGUUCCAGCUGCUGGUGCAACAUUUAGGAGAGGUCCCAUACUGUCUUUCAUGUACUUAAUCUGUCCAGUAUAUAUAAAAGGAUCAACCAUUACAGUCAUUUACCCCAUUUUGUACAACUUUUUUUUUUCCAGUGAAACAAAAGUAAUCAGUGUAUGAUAAAAAUGCGACAGGAUCAUACCAGCUAGCUGUCCUGCUUCAGUGUUUCUGGGUGGACUCAAAAGAUAAACUUAAGAUCAUAAGAUUUACUUUAGAUCCACGACUCCUCAUGUGAGAAAAUCUUUUAUUUCUCUCACUAAUGGUCUUUUUUAAUAAUCAGGCAGGAUGUACAAGCUAGAGCUGUAGUGGGAGAACAUGCACAUUUUACUAAGUCACUGCAUUUGCCUCCCUAACCCAAACUAGUAAAAACAUGGCCACACAUAUUGAGGAUUUAUUGUUUUAUUGAACAGAGUGAAUUUAGAUUUAUCCAUCGACAUCAUCAAGCAUAGCACCUUUACAUCUUUAAGAUGAAAUCUGACUUUCGACUGCUUCUUUAGAGAGGUCGGAAAUGUCAGGUUUUUCUUGAGUAUGUCUCAACCAAAGUGUAACUUUUUAUUUGGCGCUUCACUCUGUGUACCUGCUGUUAAUGUUCAUCUUUAUAACCAAAGAACACAGUGAUCAUAUUGAAGCUCUUUUGUUACCUUUUAAUUUAUCUCAGUGGUUUGUCUGAUUGUUUUUUCCCUUGUACAUUGUAUUUGCAUAAAGCUGAAUUGUAUUUUCUUUCAGAUUUCUUCUUAAUAAUGUUGCAUCAUAUCAUGUUUGCUUUGAAAUGUUCAGCAGCACAGUUUGAAUAGCAUAAAUAACCAGGGUGUGUUUUCGGUUUUUCUAUUUCAAGCUGUAAAGAUUGAUCAUUUUCAGAGGAGAACAACUAAGCAAUACAGCCGAGAGUUGGUUUGAAGAGAAAAUGGUCUGUGUGGGAAGAUGAGAGAACAAUGACAGAGGAGCUUCAUACACCACAAAUGAAAAGCUUUUCAUGUUUGUCUUUGAUUCUUCUUUUAGGAACUUCUCGCUCUAACACACAUGUGGGUCUCACUUUGUCAUUGCACAUUGUUAUUCACUUUUUAUUAUUCUGACUCAUUUCUAGUUUUCAAAGAUUGUCUUUUUUUCCAAGAAUGAAAGAGAAUAAGGAGUUAAUAAAACAUAAUCAGAAAGCAGUGAUUAAAAC